GCGAUCAAGGUCUAUCUCAGAAUAUUCUUAAUUCCUUAUCUAUUUCACAGCUAAAUAUUGUGAAAUAGACUUAUUCGUAGAAGGUCAUGUCCAAUGUUAAAGGCCACGUGUAGUUCGUUUAUCAAUUGAAAAAGGAUUAUUAUAGAUAUUUAUAUUCUUUGUUCGUAACUCGAAAAGGCAGUCAUUAUAAAUUAUUACUACAUUAAAAACAAAUACGAUAUGGCUGCCACCUUUACAGCUUUGGACUAUUGUUUAUUUGGUGCAGUGCUAAUUGUUUCUGGACUCAUAGGAGUUUACUAUUUACUUAAAGAAAAAUGGGGCGCCAAAGAAGCUUCAGCAGACGACAUUCUCAUGGGUGGCAGAGAAAUGCCCGUAUUCCCGGUUGCAAUGUCUUUAGUAGCAAGUUAUAUGUCUGCUAUCACUGUGUUAGGUACACCGACAGAAAUGUAUGUUUUUGGAAGUCAAUAUUAUUUAGUUGCAUUUUCUGGGCUACUAACAUACCCUGCGACAUGUUAUGUUUUUCUGCCAUUUUUCCACAAUCUUGGAUUAACAAGUGCGUAUCAGUAUUUGGAGUUGAGGUUUUGUAGAGCAACACGAUACCUGGCAGGUGGAAUUUUUGCUUUAGAAAUGCUUCUAUACAUGGCCGUCGUAUUGUAUGCACCAGCGUUAGCAUUGAAUCAAGUAACUGGAUUGUCUCUGUGGGGAUCUAUACUUAGUGUUGGUAUCGUAGUCACAUUUUAUACAUCUAUGGGAGGAUUGCGGGCUGUGUUGUGGACAGAUACCUUCCAAACAUUCAUUGUUGUUGGUGGUCUUAUUGGCAUUAUUUCUAUAGGGAGCGCAAAAUUAGGAGGAUUAGCAGAGGUCUGGAGAAUUGCUUCGGAAGGAAACAGAAUUGAAUUUUUCAAUUUUGAUCCUAGUCCAUUUGUGCGGUGCACAUUUUGGGGGUUAAUAGUAGGAAGUUUUAUUGGUCAGCUGACUAUCUAUGGAGCCAAUCAAACAAUGUUACAGAGAUACAUGAGUAUUAGUAAUGUUAGAAGCUCACAACUCGCAUUAUUUAUUAGCCUUCCAGCCACCAUGUUGCUUAUUACGCUAGUAUGCCUGAGUGGAUUAGUUAUAUAUGCUGCUUACGCUACUUGUGACCCAUUGCUAGAUGGAAAGAUUUUAGCCAGAGACCAGCUGUUGCCAUAUUUUGUUAUGGAAACACUGGGAACAGUUAAUGGCAUUCCUGGCUUAUUUGUUGCUUGCAUAUUCAGUGCCGCGUUAAGCUCUAUUUCAUCAUGUUUAAAUGCGUUAUCUAUUACUGUGCUUGAGGAUUUGAUCAAACCGACACUGGACUACUGUGAUGUGACACUGUCGCAGAGAACAGAGGCAAGACUCGCGAAACUGCUAGGUGUACUCGGUGGACUUCUUGUUAUUGGACUAGCGUUUUUGUGUUACUUUCUUGGAACUACUGUUUUGCAGAUUAUGAUAACAGUGUUAGGUAUGGCUGGUGGACCACUUUUGGCAUUGUUUAUAAUGGGAAUGUUUAUGCCAUGUGUGAAUGCAGUGGGAGCGACUGUUGGAACUAUAAUUGGAUCAAUUGUAAUAGUCUGGAUCGUCACUGGGGCAUUUGUUUAUCAAGCUCCAUUACCAGAAUUACCUUUUCGAAUAGAUGGAUGUGAUGUUAAAGACCAAAUAAAUGAUUUGUUUAACCAAUUUACAUCACACGUGGUAGACUUUAGUGCGACAAGUAAACCUGAUGUUGUAACAGAGAUAAUGCUAGAUCAUUCUGUAGACUGGUCUGGAUAUAAGAUAAUAUAUCAGUUGUCGUUUCUAUGGUAUCCAACGGUUGCUGUUGGUAUCUCUAUUGUAUUUGGAAUACUAAUUAGUUGGGCUACAGGAUGGAGAAAAGGGAAGAUAAAUUCACGCUACAUCUAUCCAGUGUCAGAAAAACUAUGUUGCUGUUUACCGGCAUUUUUGAUAAGAUGUUUUAACUGCAACCAGUUAUGGAAAUAUAAUCAACAAUCUGGGAGUGACUUACUUUCUGAUGAAGAAGAUGAAGAUGAUGAUAUUCCUAUAACGAUAUACACAAAGACUAAAAGUAAGGAAAAUGUUCAUCUAUUAUCUAAAGCUUCUACGAUUAAUCACGAGGACUUCGAGGCUGAUUUAAAGCAUAGUGUGAUAUAAGACUCAAAUGGUAUAACCCUUUUACAAACUUGAAGAAAGCUCGACUAUUUAUAAAGAACGGAUUCACAUUAAUAAAAAAGUGGCAUUGUACUCUCUGUUUUAAAUAACCAUACUAUCAACGUCAGAACUAAUCAUGAACAUGUAUAUAGGACAAUACUACAAAUGGUAAUUUAUUUUUCUAUACAAAUGCAGUUACUGUAUAUGUUCACCCAUUCCAUCAAUCAUCACUUGUAUUUAACUGCUUACGUCUUUGUGUUGUUUUUUUUUCCUUUUAAUUGUCGGUAAUCUGGUAAAGAUAUGGAUAGUAAUCUAUCGAAUGUCUUUUGAAUAUAAACAUUUGUUUUUGGUUUUUAGUCUUGACAUCCACACCUCACUAACAUAAGUUUAUUUCAUCAAUAACAUAUAUAAUAUAUGCCACCCCACCCCUUUCAUAUAUGUCAUAUGUAAAACAAACUAACAUUUUCUCUUUAAAUUGCUUUGUUCAAUAUUCAGUUGUGUGUCAUGGUGUGUGUUGAUCUAGUCUGUAUGUUACAGUUUCUUAUUUAUUUAAUUGUACAUUAUGUAUCUAUCUCUUUAUGUUAUAAAAAUUAUUAUGUCAAAUACAAAUAUCAAUCAUA